AUGUCAGGUCCUCCUUCAAUGUAAGGAGAAUCGCAAGUUUCACAUCCACUUAUCUUCAUUGAUAUUUGGAAAUAUUCUGGGAAUGACAUGUCGACUAUGUAAUAUGGUAGGAGUUGGGCAUAGUAUGUUUCAUAGGUGAUUUUGGAGUCCUAAAACAAUAGAUAGGUACCUCAUUCAUUCCAGAAGAAGAGGCAGACUGAGAUCGAGCAAGUGCUAUAAAAAAUAGGAGCAUUUUAAUUAUAUAAGAAUAAAUUAAUGAAUUAAGGCAAUUAGAUGAGCAUCGACGAAUCCUUCAGGAAGAUCAUAUGCAAGGAUGUAUAAGAAUCAACCCUGACGGAGUUUUUGGAAAGACUGAAUUAAUUGAAUUACGAUGAAACUAGCAAAUACUUAUCAGGAUUGGUCUAUCUAUUCACAAGAAAGAGAUGGCCCCAACUUGGUGAGUAUUUAUUGAAGAAGUGUGCAGAACAUAUAGCAUUUUAUGAGAUAAUCAAAUGGUCUUAUGAGGCUUAUUCUUAUAAAGAGAGACAGAGUGCUGAAAAUAGUGUGGCUGUAUUCGAUUAAAAAAUAGAAGAAGCUAUGGUAAAUCAAAUUUCAGAGAAUCAAUUUCUAGAAAAGGAGAGCAGAUCAAAUUAUGUGAAUUCUAUUCAUAGAUUUGUGACUUGUUUGACUGUUUUAUCAUUACAUCUUAAGAAUGUGCCUCUGAAUGAGAGACAACUCUAUUUGAGACGGAAUCUCAUUAAGGGAAAUAGGGCUUUGGAGAGUUUUCGUCGUAAUAAUCCUGGUAUUAAAUACUGCAAAGGGAUUAUCCUACCAUUUAAAGGCAGAUCAUAGAUGGUUGUUCGUAUUAUUGAUACUGAAGCACAAUCAUUUAAUACAAAGAAGAGAGUACCAUAUAAAUUGGUAGUUGAAACCGUAGAUAUGAACGAGUAUGAAUAACGCGAAUAAUCACUUGUCACUCUUUAAAAACAAUUGUCAAUUGAUUCUUAAGCCUUUUUGGAAUUUGAUGUUCUGCAUCAAUUCGAUUACACUGUCUUUGAAGAUUUCUUGCAGGAAAACAAAGAUAAGUUAGCAAGGUAAUAAAUUCUCCAUUAAAAUAAAAAGAGGUUUGAUUAACAAUUUCCACCUCUUAAAAAGGAAUAGAUUACGCGUAGAAGAAGUUGCAUCGAUCAAAUCCAAUCAUAUACCAAUAAAUAAUUAUACGAAAAAGAUUUUAAAGAUUUGUUUAAGCAAGAAGACAAAUUAAAACACAGCGACAAAGAAUUAGACAAUGUUACAUUUCUUGAGUAAAUUGCCAACGAAUAUCCAAAUAAAAAAGAGAUCAUCGAGAAGAUUUAAAAGUAAUUAAACGCCCCUAAGAACUUAGUCAAACAACAAGAAAUUUAAUAAUUGCCAUCUCCUAAUGAUUUGAAAAGUGGCCCAUUUAGUGAGCAAUGGGAAGAUAAAAGAUAGGUCAUCCAAUCUAACUCUCCUUAUGGACAAUUCAAAUCCUAUUGUUUGAGAAGCUUGUUGAUCAAGGGAGGCGAUGAUUUGAGACAAGAACAAAUGAUGAUGCAAAUUAUUAAGGUUUCUGAAGAUAUCUUAACCUAAGUUGGACUGUAUGUCAAAUCCUAUGAUAUCAUAAUCACUUCAGUAGACUCAGGUAUUUUAGAAUUCUGCAAUGAUACAUUGUCCAUGGAUUAACUUAAGAAGUCUAUGCCAUCCAUGACUCUCAAGGAUAUUUAUAACAGCAUCUUCGGGGACAACUUUGAAGAGGCUUAACUCAAUUUUAUAUUGAGUUUAACAUCUUAUAGUUUACUCCAAUACCUAUUCUAAAUUAAGGAUAGACACAAUGGAAACAUUCUAAUUGACAACCAAGGUCAUAUAAUCCAUAUUGAUUUUGGAUUCAUCUUGACGAUUGCUCCUGGUGGAAUCAAAUUUGAAUCAGCUCCAUUCAAAUUAACCAAAGAAUACAUCGAAUUGCUGGAUGGAUAAGAGAGUUGCAUGUUUCAAUUAUUCAAAAGCAAGUUAUUAUUAGGUUAUUUGGAAUUGAGAAAGCAUGUGGACAAAUUCGCCUUUAUUUUGGAGGCCAUGAAAAUCGACAAUGAAUUGCCUUGCUUAGAAAAAUUUGAUAUGAAAGUCUUCAAAGACAGAUUCAAAUUGGACCUUAACGAGUAACAACUUGAGGAACAUGUAUAUAAACUAGUUACCCAAAGUGCCAACAAUAAAUAUACAAAAUACUAUGACGAUUUCUAAAAAUUGACAAAUGGCAUUAUUCCUUGA